AUGUUUAAGAAGGAGCCUCAUAUAAAAGCUUUGAGUAAUUUGAAGAACUCCGAAAGAAAGAAGUUGCUACAAACUUGCAAAAAACAGACGAAUAAUGAAGAAUAUACGUUUCAGACCUCCACUAUAAAACAAACGAACUUUAGCGGCCAGAAGAGUAUAGGAACGGUAUACACGGACGAGAACAAUACCCCAAUAUUAUUUAAGGAGAAACAUAAUGAGCAGCUUUUUCCAACUGUGUAUUCAUGUUGGGAAAACCCUACACUACUGCCGAUCGUUUUAACUCAUGGGUUUGUUAUAGAAGAGCAUUUAUUCAAUGGCGCUAACCUGAUGAUUUCUGGCUCGAUCCCACCCUUCGAUCCUCGUUGCAAAAUAGGUACUAUUUGUGGUGUAGCUAGUAAACAGGCACCAAAAGUUGUCUUAGCCAUAGGUGUUGUUGAACUAGAUCUACCGUCGUAUGGUAGAGUAAUCGGUGAAACAGGCGUUGCUGUAAAAGUCAUACACCAUUUUAAUGAUGGGCUCUCCAAAGCUUUUAAGAUGAAAUUGGAACCUCCAACUGCUCUCUGCACAGAAUCGGAUGAUGAAAACACCAGUAGUAAACAUAUGGAGCGCCCAGAACAAAGCAAGGAUGUUGAAGAGGCGCAAGAAAGUGCACAAGAAGCGAAUUUUAAUGUAGAGGAGAUUGCUGAAGUCUUAGAUCAUUUAACUGUGUCGGAUGUAGACUAUUUCAUUACAAGAGCAUUAUAUUAUAGCUUAACCCAAGAUAAAGGUUUGGUAUUGCCCAUUUCAGCUUCUAACUUCAUCUCAAACCAUAUUAUGCGUAAUUUGCCUCCAAUUGAUCACAAUGAAGUCAAUGUAAAGAAAACUUCGUGGAAAAAAAGUGCGAAAUUUUUGAAACACUUCGAGAGGGAAGGCUUCUUGAAAUUGAAAGGAAAGGGGGACGACUUAACCAUUGUGGGUAAAAAUACUGACAAGGAUGAGUUGAAGAACUUUGUGCCAUAUAAGCUUGGUUGUAGUAAUGCCACCAAAGAAAGUGGCGAGAACACAACCUCGAAGGAGAAAACAUCAGGAAUGAUGUAUUCACUGACGCUAUAUAAACCAUUUAAUCUUGCGAAAGAAUUUUUGAAGGAGGUUGAUUUGGGUUGCCACACAUAUUAUACCUCUCAAGAUAUUAGAACCGCAGCUUCUCAGUAUAUUUCUAUCAAGAAUCUAGCAGACACAAAAGAUAAAGGAAAAGUUGUUAUGGACGAUUUAUUAUUCGAUAUGGUUAACAAAAAGAAAAAAAACUCAGAUAUUUCACGUAUCAUUGCUAGAGCUGAAAUUUUACAUCCUUUGCUCGCCAAUAACUUUACCGAGUUUUAUCAAAUAUUCAAAAGCGACGAUACACUUUUGUUCAAAGCGCCAAUGAAGGGUUCUCUUCCACGUAUCAAGAUUAUUACUGAAAUGAAAAUUGGUAGGAAAGUUAUUACUAAAGUCAGCAAUUUUGAAGUGUUUCAAGUUGAUUCAGAAUCACUUGCCGCUGAUUUAAGAAAAAUUUGUAGCGGGUCGACAACAAUAAGUGAAUCACAAACGUUCAAAAGUGCUGAAGUGCAGGUUCAAGGUCCGCACGGCCAGUCUAUUAUUGAUCAUCUUAACAAAUUAGGUAUUCCAAACAAAUGGAUAGACUUUGAGAACAAGUUAAAGAAGAAAAAAAGAAAGUAA